AUGGAUGACAGUAGCGUGCGCCUUUCGUUGCGACACGGAGCGUCAGUCGCGGAGAUAUCGAAGCGCCUCGAGUCGUUCUUCGGCAAUCUCGAGGCUUCUAUCAGCCGCCCUGUAGGAUCCACGACGGCGGUACGUUCCAACACCCGCGGCUCGAAGCCCUCAACUGAAACCACCACUCAGGCUGAUGCUGCACCGACGAAAAUCCACACGCCUUCCGCUGCCUGCGAGAGAAGUAGCCUCCGCAGAGGCGUCGCGUGCGUCGUCAACGCCGCCGGCGAGUCAGAGGGUGGGGGAGCCGUUGGGGUCCUGAGGAUACGGAAAGUAGAAGUAGUGGCGGAAGCGGAUUUCCGCACGGCUGCAGAGUUGCGCAUACAAGCGCCGCCGCUCGCAGAGCUGCGCACUGUGCCCGCUGCAGUGGGGGAACUGCGCACAGACGAUGCUUUGCGCGCACCGGGUGAUUUGGUAACAGACGCUACCGUGACGGGAACGCGCAUCGCGUUGGCGCCGGAGUUGAGCUGCCCGCAUUUGUCGGACCUUUAUGAGGUUGGGCGCGAGUUGGGACGCGGACAUUUCGGGGUCGUGCGACUGUGCGAAGACCGUGCGACGGGCGAGCGAUUCGCGUGCAAGACGAUACUGCUGAGCGGCGUGCGGCGCCGCAGCGAUCUCAUGGAGCUGAGGGCGGAAGUGCUGUCGCUGCUGCGCCUGCAGGAGGGGGAGGGGGAACGGGGGGGAAAAGAACAGGGGGGAGGGGAGCGGGGAAGGGGGGAAUGCGGAGCAGGCAGCGCGGAUGGGGAGCGGGAGGAGCUGGCGUUCGUACGGCUGUACGAGGUGGUGGUUGAAACGCGGACGGCGUUACAUCUCAUCUUGGAGUACUGCCCGGGUGGCGAUCUGUUUGACCUCGUUAUAAGGCAGAAGCGCCUUACCGAAGCACAAGCUGCCGCUGUAUUCAGGUGCGUAGUCCCAGCAACGAUCUGUUCUACGUCGUUAUAG